AAGACGUAGCUCUGCGCAUCCAACAUGUGCACAACUUUCUGCUCUCCGUUGACUACAUUGGACUACAAUCCCAGAAUGCGUAACGAGUAGAUACCUAUGGUGGAGCGCAAUGACUGAGGAGUAUGAUGAAGAGGUGGUGUUUGAGAACUCUCCGCUGUUCCAGUACUUGCAGGAUCUAGGACACACGGAUUUUGAGGCAUGUCCAACGGUGUCGCAAGAGGAAGAGCCGUGUGUGGGGGGAGGGGAGGGGCCCUUCCCACAGGAAGAGCCCUGCCUGUCCAGGGACGGCCUCUUCUGGAGCCUGGCUGAUGCCUUGUGGAGGCAGAGCUUCUUCCACCAGGGCGGCGUGGCUGAGCACCAGGAGCAGCAGCUGGAUGCGGACUUUCGGCAGUACUCUCUCCGCACCAUCCUGGAGCAGGACGUGCUCCUGCAGGAGGACGUGGAGCUCAUCGAGCUGCUGGACCCCAGCAUCCUCUCCGCGGGCUCCUCGUCUGACUCCGCCCCCGCCGCCGCCCCGCCCGCACCCCGCUUCCUGGCCACACCCACCCUCUGGGACCUGGCGGUUCUGGCGGCGUUCGUGGCGGUAAUGGCGGCCCUGCGGUCCGCGGAGGGCGGGCCGGGCCCUCUGGUGGUGGUGCCCUGGCUGCUGGCACUGGCGGCGUUCCUGGCGCUGCGGGGGGCGGGGCUGUGGCGGACGGGCAGCCUGCAGCGGCGCAUGUGCGCCAGCGGGGGGCAGCUGCGGCAGCUGGCGCAGGACAGCCGCGCCCUCACCGGCCUGGCGCGCAAGUCCCUGCGCCUCCUGCAGGAGACCGAGGUCAUCUCCCGCGGGUUCACACUUUUGCUCGACAGGGUCAGUGCGGCCUGUCCGUUUAGCAGAGCAGCGCACCCCCGCAGCCAGCAGCUGCUGGGCCUGAGGAAGGCCUCCUACCGGACGCUGCGCUCCGCCUUCAGGGCCUCCCGCCUGGCCACCUGCCACAUGCUCAAGUCGUAUCCCAUGGACUCCGAAAUCGACAAUGUGACAAACUACGUCUCCACGGUUCCCCUGAAGGAGCUGGGCCUGGGCCUGGGGGCGGAGCAUCUGACUGACGAGCAGGUGCAGGAGCUGACGGACGACUACAGCCUUCCCGCGCUCAAGGUGGUCUUCCAGCUGUGGGUGGGGCAGAGCUCGGAGUUCUUCCGGCGGCUGGCCCUGCUGCUGUCGCCGGGCCGGGACGAGCGGAGGGAGGGGGCCGGCGACGGCGGGGUCCCGGGGCAGCGGCGGUACCGGCGGCCCGCCCACCAGGUGGUCGCCGAGGUGACGGGGCCCCUCGUCCGCGCGCUCUCGGGUUGCCUGGGCAACCUGCGGCGCAGCUACGACUUCCACCGCUACUUCGAGACGCAGCGGCAGUCGCAGGGGAGCGAGCGGGCCCGCGUCGCGCGGCGGAAGUGCCGCGAGCUCAACAGCCUCCACGCCUCCGUGCGCAGCCUGCAGCUCCACCUCAAGGCCCUGCUCAACGAGAUGAUCAUUCUGGAGGACGAGCUGGAGAAGCUGAUGGUUUCCCGGGAGACGACGGAGGUGACGGACAGCGGGUACCAGGAGCUGCAGGACAGGCUCCGCCUCCUGCAGCCGCACAUGCAGGCCAGCUCCACCUGCUGGGACGACACGGUGGCGCAGGUGGAGCGCAUGCUGCGCCGCGCCGGCAGCCGCCCCGACGACUCACUCGCAGGAACCCCUGGAGAGACGGAGGAGAACGCCAGCCCGUUGCUACCCACACCUCCCCCAAAAAUCACUUUCAUCCAGGACAGGGAUCCCGUCCCAGAGGAGCAGGAGCUGGAGGCCUACGUGUCGGACUCGGACUCGGACGAGGAGUGGCGGGGGCCGCUGCUGGACCUCCUGUCCCCGGAGGAGCGGGAGCGGCAGCGGCGGGAGAGGGAGGAGUCCCGGCGGGUGCUCCUGGAGCUGAAGUCCGUCCUGGGGAUGCGCGCGUCUGAUAAGGAGCGCCAGAAGUGGAAACAGCUGCUCUUCAGCGACCAAGCCGCCCUGAACACAGCACUGCCUCCUGAGCCCACAGAACCUCAGAGGCCCUCUGACCCGCCAGACCAGCCGCAACCAGCGAGCGGAGAGAGCGACCGUGCGGCGGACCAUCCGGACCACCGGGGGCACCCCGACCCCCCUCCCGCGCAGACGGAGUUCAGCUGCGGAAGCUCCGAAACGGGGCGGGGGACGCCCCACGCGCCGGCCCCCGACGGCAAGGCGGAGACCCUGCACUACCAGUAUGACGGCUCGGCGGGGGCGGAGCCGGGGGCGGAGCGGAACGGCGCGGAUUGGCCGUUCGUGGCCAGGGUCCCGGCCGUCACGGUGAUGGACAGGCUGACGGAACUGCACGGCUCGGCCACCCUCAGCUUUAGCUCCGCCCUCGCGGCCCAGGUGGCCGCCCGCUCGCACGCCUUCGCCAACAUGGAGGAGCAGACCUUCGGAGACGAGGAGGAGGAGGAGGGGGAGCGGGAGGAGGGGCAGGAAGAGGAUGGACAGGGGCUGGAAGAGGAUGUGAUGUCACAGCCCAGGACAUCGAGGCAAACAGAUCAGGACUAAGGAUAUUAGGAGUUGUGCUUUAUAUUUUUUUUUAAUGUACAGCCAGGAUAUUUAUUUUGACAGUUUUCUGUUAUUUAUUGAGGCUUUUUCUUGUUUUGAGUUGCGAUGUAUUUAGGAGUGUGUCAUUUGAAUUUUUUUGUGACUGAUUUUGCACUUUUGCUGUUCAUCAUUUGUAAGAUUUGUCAUAAAUUUGUCAAGGUUUUAUCCUGUUACAAUCUAACGUGGCCCUUCUUGAGUCAGGGUUCAGCCCUCAAUCGCAGCUAUGGUUACGGUGAGGCCAGCCCCUACGCAGCACCCUCCACACAAAGGUCAAAGGUCAUCGGCUGGCACAGGCACAUCUUAAACUGUAACUAUACAGGAAAUCCUCACGUCUUGUUACAAGAUGUCUUUUUAGUUUAUUAUCUUUAUGCCAUUCUUUUGUUCACCAAUUGAGGUGGUGUCAUGAAGUUUUCUGUUUUUUGGGGGGAUUUUUUUGUUGUUGUUUUUUUACAUUCACUACAGUUAUUAGAUUGUUACAUUAAUCAUUUUCUUCCUGGAAGAGGAUUCUGCUCGUAGCAUGAUUGUGAGUAUAGUCAUCAUAUUCAGUAUGAACUGCUUGGUGAACACAGGCUGCUAAUAGACUGGAAGUGUUGAUGUUGAAGUUGUUAGGACUGAGGUGUAUUCUACCUCAAAAAUGUGUUCCAGUGGAUGGGAACUUUGUUUUAUGUCCCGCUACAUGGCACGUUUCACAAAUUGGUCUGCAAAGUACUCUGAGCUCAGUGGAAUGUCUGGAGCUUCUGAAGAUAGAUCGGUAGAUCACACUCUUAACUUUGGUCAUUCUGAAGCGAAUGAACGUUGAUUGUCCACAUGAUGUGUUAACCACAGUGUUAGCUCGCAACAUUCUGUAAAAUUAAUUUCCUAUUCCCGUCCAAAUUUGAGCCUUAAAAUGGUACAGUUGUUUGUUUCACAGUGAGAGGGAAGCGAAAACUAUUUUGACUACCUGAGAUGGACAGUUCACCGGGAAGGCCUCAGUUUAGCCUGUUCUGUAGCACACCCACGUCAUUGGGAUGAAAGCCUUGAGCCGAACCCUCCUGAGUUUUUGGGAUCGGUACCUCGCCUACUUCUCCAUUACGGCACGCCUGUUCCUCCCCCUGGCCCAUCUCGCACUGCCACCUGCUGUUGACCAGCUGAGUUGCGUUCCUGAAAGACAAGCAACGUGGACUUCUAAAUCCUGUUUUUUGUUUUUUUUUGUGCGUCACAGUCCGGUUUGGAAACCGUCCGGUUACCCAAGAGGCAACAGUCCCGGUCCGCCCCGGUGUGUCGGCAGCACGUCAAGUGCGGACUGCCGCCUUGUCCAAUCCGUGUUGUCCGUAUCUUCUCCUGUGUUGUCUCUUACAUUUUAUUUGAGCAAUAAAAUAAUGUUUUAAGAACA